AUGGAGGAGAAGGGUGCGCUGUCGCCGGCGUCCAGUUCCUCCACCACUUGCAGCAGCCUCGGCUCCGGCCCCAGCUCCCCCCUCACGACGUCGUCUUCUGACGACUCGAGCGGCGGCGGCGGCGGCGUCGUUGCUGCCGCGGGCAGCAGGAAGCGGCCGCGGCGGGACCUGAAGCACCCGACAUACCGCGGCGUGCGCAUGCGGGCCUGGGGGAAGUGGGUGUCGGAGAUCCGCGAGCCCCGCAAGAAGUCGCGCAUCUGGCUCGGCACCUUCGACACCGCCGAGAUGGCCGCGCGCGCCCACGACGUCGCCGCGCUCUCCAUCAAGGGCCGCGCCGCCGCGCACCUCAACUUCCCGGAGACCGCGCACCAGCUGCCCCUCCCCGCCACCGCCGCGCCCGAGGACGUGCGAGCCGCGGCCGCGCUCGCCGCGCAAAUGGACCGCGCACCAGACGCGGACGCCGUCGAGGACACAUACACCAAGGUCGAGGAGCCAGCGCCGGCACCUGCAGCGGCAGCGCAUGCGGUGCCGGACGACCACAUUCUUGACCUCGCGCUCUUCGACCUGCCGGAGUUCCUGCACGAGUUCGGCUUCGCGUUGCCUCCCUCCACGUAUGAUGCGUACUCAUGGCACGACGUCGGGGCCGAGGACUUCCGGUUCGAGCCGGCGCCGUUGCUGCUCUGGGAGCACUAA